UCGCCAUUCAUCAUCUUCGGCUUCACCUUUGAAAAACACUACACUAUGUUUUUGGGGUCGUUCACACUUGUUAUAAUGGCAUUCAUCGCCAUUGUCCAUAGUAAACCCGCUCAUCAUAAAAGACAUGAGAAGGCUGGCCUAUCUCAAUUAUUUCUUGGUCCAGGUUGUGGAGGGAAGCCCGCUGAGUUCUUCUUUCUCCUGGACACCUCAUCCAGCAUCUGGGAACCCGAUUUCAAAACUCAACUGAAGUUCGUCACUGACGUCGUCGAUAUGUUCGACAUUGGCCCCAACAACACACGGGUCGGUGUUGCCACCUUCUCCAGCUACUACUACCCACAGUUCGGCCUGGAUAGAUAUGAGGACAAAGAACAGCUCAAACAGGCCAUUCUCAGGAUACCCUACAUGGGCGGAAACACUCUCACCGGAACAGCCAUCAGAUACAUGCGCGAGAGGGCCUUUGCCCCACAGAUCGUUCGUGAAGGCAUAGACAAGAUUGCCAUAGUUUUGACUGACGGAAAAUCACGGAAUCCACCCCAGACUGAGUCAGAGGCCAUGAAGACCAAGAUGGAAGGCAUCAACAUCUUUGCUGUCGGUAUCGGCGACAGGUUUGACUACAAGGAGUUGACCCUCAUCGGCAGCGAACCCUCAGAGAGUUUCGUGUUUGAAGUGGCCAGCUAUGGUGCUCUGGAAAGCAUCAUGGGCAAGUUAGCACUGGGUGCUUGUGAAGCUCACACAGCAGAGGCUAUCAUGCAGGGUGACCAAUCAGCAUGUCACAGCGACAGUUUAGCCGAUGUGAUGUUCGUGUUCGACUCUGCUGCCAUGGGCUCUACCAAGACGGGACAAAUACAGGAGUUUAUCGGCACCGUCGUGGACGAGUUUAACUUUGCCGAUGACGUCAUGAGAGCCGGCGUUGUUUCCAGGAACUGCCACGAUGGGGAUAUAGAACUUGGAGAGCACUCUGACAAAGACGAGUUUGCCAAAGAUCUUCGAAACCGGGACUUUCCGGAGCUAAGUCAAGUCGUACGAAAGAUGCACCGUCACAGCUUUACCUUGGAACAAGGUGCACGUGAAAUGGCGAGGCGGAUGGCGGUUGUGUUUGUGGAUGAUAAGCUGGAGAUUCCGAAGAGAGUGUUCCAUGAGAUUGAGAAGGCAAAGGAAGACAACGUCGAGAUCUUCGUGGUAGCCAUUGGCGAGGACGUUGACAUGACGGAGGUGGAGGUCAUGGCGACAUCUGCAGGUCACGUGUUCCAGAUUGCCGACUAUGACGCCCUGCGCGAGACUAAUCUGCAACUUAUCGACGUUCUGUGUGCAGAAACUCAUCAUGGCAUACCAGUCGGACUACAUGUUAGAUUAGCUCAACUGCAUCAUUUAUACAUAGUAAUAUCUACAGCUAUGCUACCUGAGUAUUUCAUCAUUGCCUGCUUGGCAUUCGUUGGCCUCGUCUCCAGUAAGCCUGCUCACACUGGAACUUUCCUUACUGAGAGCGACCAAUUUCAACAGCACUUCGGACCAGGUUGUGGAGGGAAGCCCGCUGAGUUCUUCUUUCUCCUGGACACCUCAUCCAGCAUCUGGGAACCCGAUUUCAAAACUCAACUGAAGUUCGUCACUGACGUCGUCGAUAUGUUCGACAUUGGCCCCAACAACACACGGGUCGGUGUUGCCACCUUCUCCAGCUACUACUACCCACAGUUCGGCCUGGAUAGAUAUGAGGACAAAGAACAGCUCAAACAGGCCAUUCUCAGGAUACCCUACAUGGGCGGAAACACUCUCACCGGAACAGCCAUCAGAUACAUGCGCGAGAGGGCCUUUGCCCCACAGAUCGUUCGUGAAGGCAUAGACAAGAUUGCCAUAGUUUUGACUGACGGAAAAUCACGGAAUCCACCCCAGACCGAGUCAGAGGCCAUGAAGACCAAGAUGGAAGGCAUCAACAUCUUUGCUGUCGGUAUCGGCGACAGGUUUGACUACAAGGAGUUGACCCUCAUCGGCAGCGAACCCUCAGAGAGUUUCGUGUUUGAAGUGGCCAGCUAUGGUGCUCUGGAAAGCAUCAUGGGCAAGUUAGCAUUGGGUGCUUGUGAAGCUAACACGGCAGGCGCUAUCAUGCAAGGGGAUCAGCCAGCAUGUCACAGCGACAGUUUAGCCGAUGUGAUGUUCGUGUUCGACUCUGCUGCCAUGGGCUCCACCAAGACGGGACAAAUACAGGAGUUUAUCGGCACCGUCGUGGACGAGUUUAACUUUGCCGAUGACGUCAUGAGAGCCGGCGUUGUUUCCAGGAACUGCCACGAUGGGGAUAUAGAGCUUGGAGAGCACGCUGACAAAAAUGAGUUUGCCAAAGAUCUUCGAAACCGGGACUUUCCGGAGCUAAGUCAAGUCGUACGAAAGAUGCACCGUCACAGCUUUACCUUGGAACAAGGUGCACGUGAAAUGGCGAGGCGGAUGGCGGUUGUGUUUGUGGAUGAUAAGCUGGAGAUUCCGAAGAGAGUGUUCCAUGAGAUUGAGGAAUCCCAGAAGGAAAACAUCGAGAUCUUCGUGGUGGCCAUUGGCGAGGACGUUGACAUGACGGAGGUGGAGGUCAUGGCGACAUCUGCAAGUCACGUGUUCCAGAUUGCCGACUAUGACGCCCUGCGCGAGACUAAUCUGCAACUUAUCGACGUUCUGUGUGCAGAUCUCUGA